AGUACGUUUGGGCGUACCCAAAGCUGUGUUCGUAAGCGCUUGCGUUCAGCCUGAGGAAACUGGAUUGUCCUGGCUGCUCUGUGAGAAGUUAAGUUCUCAAUUUUUUGAGCAAUGAGUCAAGUGGCAGCGGACAAUACGAUCGGCCUGGACCAGCAAUUUGCUGGCCUUGACCUGAACUCCUCAGAUAAUCAGAAUGCGGGAGGAAGUACAGAGAGCAAAGGACGCUAUAUACCUCCUCACUUACGGAACAGAGAAACAUCUAAAGGGUUCUGUGAUAAGGACAGUGCAGGUUGGAGUUGUAGUAAAGAUAAAGAUGCCUACAGCAGUUUUGGAUCUCGUGAUUCCAGAGGGAAGCCCAAUUAUUUCAGUGAUCGUGGAAGUGGAUGCAGGGGAAGGUUUGAUGAUCAUGGUCGAAGUGACUAUGAUGGUGUUGGUGGUCGUGACCGAACUGGAUUUGGCAAAUUUGAAAGGAGUGGUCAUAGUCGUUGGGGUGACAGAUCAGAUGAAGAUGACUGGUCAAAACCACUUCCACCAAGUGAACGCUUAGAGCAAGAACUUUUUUCUGGAGGAAACACAGGGAUUAACUUUGAGAAAUACGAUGAUAUACCAGUAGAGGCAACUGGAAAUAAUUGUCCUCCUCACAUUGAAAAUUUCAGUGAUGUUGAGAUGGGAGAAAUUAUCAUGGGGAACAUUGAACUUACCCGUUAUACUCGUCCUACUCCAGUGCAAAAACAUGCUAUUCCGAUUAUUAAAGAAAAAAGGGACUUAAUGGCUUGUGCUCAAACAGGGUCUGGAAAAACUGCUGCAUUUCUACUACCCAUUCUCAGUCAGAUUUAUACAGAUGGUCCAGGAGAGGCUUUGAAGGCUAUGAAGGAAAAUGGAAGAUAUGGUCGCCGUAAACAAUAUCCAAUCUCCUUGGUGUUAGCCCCAACAAGAGAAUUGGCUGUGCAGAUCUAUGAGGAAGCCAGAAAAUUUUCAUACCGAUCUAGAGUCCGUCCUUGUGUAGUAUAUGGUGGUGCUGAUACUGUUCAACAGAUUCGGGACUUAGAACGCGGAUGCCACUUGUUAGUUGCCACACCAGGACGUCUAGUGGACAUGAUGGAAAGAGGAAAGAUUGGAUUAGACUUCUGCAAAUACUUAGUGUUGGAUGAAGCUGAUAGGAUGCUGGAUAUGGGAUUUGAACCUCAGAUACGGCGUAUAGUUGAGCAGGACACUAUGCCACCAAAGGGGGUUCGUCACACUAUGAUGUUUAGUGCUACUUUUCCUAAGGAGAUACAGAUGCUUGCUCGUGACUUUUUAGAUGAAUAUAUCUUUCUGGCUGUAGGCAGAGUAGGCUCUACUUCUGAGAACAUCACACAGAAAGUAGUAUGGGUUGAAGAGCUGGACAAACGGUCAUUUUUACUUGAUCUCUUAAAUGCAACCGGGAAGGAGUCAUUGACUUUAGUAUUUGUGGAGACUAAAAAGGGUGCAGAUUCACUGGAGAACUUCUUAUUUCAAGAAAGAUAUGCGUGUACUAGUAUUCAUGGAGACAGAUCACAGAAAGAUCGAGAGGAGGCCCUUCACCAGUUCCGCUCAGGGAGAAAGCCAAUUUUAGUGGCUACAGCUGUGGCAGCAAGAGGUCUAGACAUUUCAAAUGUGAAACACGUUAUCAAUUUUGAUUUGCCAAGUGAUAUUGAAGAAUAUGUGCAUCGUAUUGGCCGCACGGGACGUGUAGGAAACCUUGGACUUGCCACCUCUUUUUUCAAUGCGAGGAAUUUGAACAUCACGAAAGAUUUGUUAGAUCUCCUUGUUGAGGCUAAACAAGAAGUUCCAUCUUGGUUGGAAAGUAUGGCUUAUGAACUCCACUACAAGGGAAACAGCCGGGGACGUUCUAAAAGCAGAUUCAGUGGAGGAUUUGGUGCUAGAGACUAUCGACAGAGCAGUGGUUCUGCAAAUUCUGGGUUUAAUAGUAAUCGUGCCAAUAGCAGCCGAAGUAGUGGUAGUAGCCACAGCAGAGGAUUUGGUGGAGGUGGCUAUGGAGGUUUCUACAAUAAUGAUGGAUAUGGAGGAAAUUAUAACUCCCAAGCAGUUGACUGGUGGGGCAAUUGAGUUUGUGCCUAAAUCAUCAUUUCAUAUAGCUAAUAUGGAAACCACAUGUAACUUAGCCAGACUGUAUUGUGUAGCUUCAAGAACUUGCAGUACAUUACCAGCUGUGAUUCUUAUGAAAAUUCAUGAGAGCUCAAAGUCACAAGAAAUUAAACAACAACCUGUAGCCCUAUUCAAAAAUUAUGUGAAAAAUUAUUGUAAUUGGAUUAACUCCCUUCCUGCUUGGUUGCAACCUAAACUGCAUUUAUAAUUUGUGACUGAGGAUCAUUUGUUAAUGUGCUGUGACUUUUAACUUUAAACAACUUAUUUAAUAUCCUGUUGGCUCAAUAAUGCUCAAGAUACCAAUUGUUUUAAUAAGUUAAUUGAACUUUGGCUACAAGCAAACCUUGGCACACAAGUGUAAGAUACCUUAACAGAAAUCAAUUCAUUACUAAAUAUGAUGAUGAAAAAACUUAGGUGUAGCCUGAAUAAGAAAUUUUUGAUACAUGCAGAGUUGUUGAUAAAACUUUUUUUUUUUAAGUUUAUAAUAUGGCAAAAAGCAAAGCUAAAGUUCUGAAUUGCUCACUCUAUCUUGGAUUGGCACUUAAAACCUUAAACUCUUAAAAAUAUGACUAUAUAUGGUUAUAUCCUUUAUUUUUGAAAGCACUAAUACAGAUAACUACAGUGAUUCCUCAUUUAUUGUCUUAAGUAAUUUACAUUGGCAUACUCCUACAGGAAAGUUUAAAAAUUUGGUGAGGAAUUUGGCCUAUAAAGUUUAGGUUUAUUUAAUGCCUGUCAUACAUAAAAAUGACAUAUUAAUAGCUGACCAUGGCAGUGACCAGACCUUAUCAUAGCCUUGUUAAUUCUGGUCUUUAAUGCAUGCUAGUGUUGGUGUUUUUUGGUCAAGAGAAUAUAAACAGAAAGGAUUAUGUGGCAGCAGGCUUGUUUUUACAGUCAGGUUUUUCAGUUAUAACUAUGUUGAAAUGUGAAAAAGGCUUACAUACAUACUAUAUAAAUAUAAGAAUAACAAAUUGAAAUUGCUGAGAUCUCACAGGUUGGAUUUAUGUACCAAUUAUACAUGAUGGUAAGUAAGUACAGUGCAGUUUUCAUAUAUUUUAAUUGCAUAGGUUUCCAUUGUAUUAUAGUCAUAUUUUAAUUGGCCAAAGAUUUGUCCAUCACUAAAAAUGCCUUUUCCUUUGACAAUUUCCUGGAUAGGAUAUAAUAAAUUUAAAAACUUAAGUCAUUAAAAAUGUCAUAAGUUGACAAAUUUUUCUAAAAGUGCAAUAGAUUUUCAAGUGUAUUGUGCCUUGUAUUAAAAUUUUAUUAAAGUAGGUGUACUUGACAGUAUUAUCAAGGUCAUUUGUUACGGUGCUAUUUCAAUUAUAGAAGUUCAGACUGUACAUUUUGCCCAUAACUUUUUACAAAGUACUUAUUUUAUUGCAUAUGAAGAGAAUUUUAUAUGUGUAUCUUAUGUACAAGUCCUUGAAGUUCCAAUUGGAUAUUGUUGAUUACAGUGUGUCAAGAACUUGGUUCAGAAAAUUUUCCUCAGACCAUGAAUGAUAGUUAAGAAAAACUAUUUGCACAUAACAGACUUUUUGCUGCUAGUUUGUGUAAUAUUUAUUGAACAUUUUGACAAAUAUUUAUUUUUGUAAGCCUAAAAAUGAUUCUUUGAAAGCUUAAAGAAACUUGACCAAAAGACAGUAUAAAAACACUGGUAUUUGAAUGUUGAUUGUCACUGUAUGUGAAAUAGUAUAUUUUGGGUAGUGUGAGCUUUUAAUGUUAAGUUCUACUAAACUUGAGUACAACUAAUCUAACCCAAUAUUGGUGAUGUAGCUACACUUUUUUUUUUUUUUUUUUUUUUUGGACAAAAUGAAACGCAAUUGGAAUAAUGAAAAUUAAAGACAUGCCAAGGUUUUAAUAUAUUUAAGAUAUUAAUGAAAACUAAACAUUUUCUCAGUUUGUUUGAAUUUACCUUAUUUACUUGAUCUAUUUGUUUGGUUCAAUAUUCUAACUGUCUGGCAUACUUGUAAUCUUCAAACAUGUGGUUAUAUCUUUGUGUUGCCAUAAGCAGUGAUGUUUUACAUUCAAUUUUAUCAGCCAGCAAUAUUUUCAGUAAAUAAUACAUUUAACUUGCUGAUUGUAGACAUGGAACUUUAAGUUACUAUAUAAACUUAGUAAUUGCUUUAUUGUAUUAGUAUUAGAUGCUAGCGCUGCUACUAAAAUAAUAAGUAUAGCAAAAUGUUUACUAUAACUUGUGACUUAAUGUUCUUGUGAACUUGCAUGCUUGAACUAUUGGAAAUUCCAUUUUUAGUUAAUAAAAGAAGGUAUUUGUAAAGUA